UGUUAUGUAUUAUGACAUGUGUCAUUUAUUAUUUACGAAUUAGUGUAAAAGAUUUUACAGAAAAUUUAUAAUUUCUGAUGAAUUUUAUAAGUGAAUAGUGAAAGAAAAUUGUUGUUCUCCUUCAUGGUUUAGUGAAGUGUAAUAAAAAUGAGUGACAAGCUUUCUAAUGGCUACAUUGAUAAAAUGAAAGAAGAUGCAAAAAUUAGAGAUACGGAUUUGCCUUUAAGUUUUAAUGAAAAGAGGCAUGUAGAGAAUAUUGAAGGAAUAGCAUGUUUAACUCAGACAUGGCGAAUGAAGGAACGAAUGAAAACAGUCAGCGUGGCGCUUGUUUUGUGCUUAAAUGUAGGCGUUGAUCCACCAGAUGUAGUCAAAACACAACCCUGUGCUAGAUUGGAAUGUUGGAUAGAUCCAUUGUCUAUGUCACCAUCUAAGGCAGUAGAAGCCAUUGGUUCUAAUCUUCAGAAGCAAUAUGAAAGGUGGCAACCAAGGGCUAGGUAUAAGCAAUCAUUAGAUCCCACAGCAGAAGAGGUUAAAAAGUUAUGUACAUCUUUAAGGAGAAAUGCUAAAGAAGAAAGAGUUUUGUUUCAUUACAAUGGUCACGGAGUUCCUAAGCCAACAACUAAUGGGGAAAUUUGGGUCUUUAAUAGGGCUUAUACUCAAUACAUCCCCUUAUCAAUAUAUGAUUUGCAAUCAUGGAUGGGAGCACCAUCCAUUUAUGUUUAUGAUUGUUCAAAUGCAGGAAUUAUUGUGGAUUCUUUUAAACAGUUUGCCAUUCAACAUCAAAAUGAAUAUGAGGCAGCUAAUCAAGGCAGGGGUUCUUCUCCUUCACCUCCAUCCUUCCGCAGCUGUAUCCAACUAGCAGCAUGCAAUGCAACUCAAGUAUUACCAAUGAAUCCUGACCUACCUGCAGAUUUAUUUACCAGUUGUUUGACCACGCCUAUAAAAAUAGCUUUACGUUGGUUCAUCAUGAAGUACACCUCAAAACUUGUUCCUCAAGUAACAUUGGAUCUUAUUGACAACAUUCCCGGACAACUUACAGAUAGACGAACAAUGUUAGGUGAAUUAAAUUGGAUCUUUACCGCAAUUACAGAUACUAUUGCGUGGAAUACUUUACCAAAAGAGUUAUUUCAGAAACUUUUUAGACAGGAUCUCCUGGUAGCUAGUUUAUUCAGAAACUUUCUAUUAGCUGAAAGAGUAAUGCGAUCGUAUGAUUGCACUCCAGUGAGUUCACCUGCACUUCCACCUACUUAUCAGCACCCCAUGUGGCAGGCUUGGGAUUUAGCACUUGAUCUCAGUCUUGGUCAACUACCUCGCAUUAUAAACGAUAAUGAACCAUUUGAACAUUUGCCAUUUUUCGAAGAACAACUGACUGCCUUCCAAGUGUGGCUUGAAUUAGGUUCAGAAGAAAGAAGUCCACCAGAGCAACUACCAAUAGUUCUGCAAGUUCUUUUAAGUCAAAUUCACAGAAUGAGAGCUUUAGAAUUGUUAGGGAAGUUUCUGGAUUUUGGUCCUUGGGCUGUGAACUUAGCUUUGUCAGUAGGAAUAUUUCCGUAUGUUUUAAAACUUUUGCAAAGUUGCGCAAAAGAGUUGCGACCUCUUUUGGUCUUUAUUUGGGCUAAAAUAUUAGCUGUCGACAAUACUUGUCAAACAGAUUUGGUCAGGGAACGAUAUCAUAAUUAUUUCCUGUCGGUUUUACAGGAUACUACAGUAACAGCUGAACAUCGUACCCAGGCUGCUUUUGUAUUGGCAUGCAUAGUGAAUGACUAUAGGGAAGGACAAGAAGCUGCCUUACAAGGAUCGCUGGUCAGUAUAUGCCUGGAACAGUUGUCUGAUCCUAAUCCUCAGUUGCGUCAAUGGGUAGCGAUUUGCCUAGGCAGAUUGUGGGACCAUUAUGAAAAAGCCAGAUGGACUGGUGUCAGAGACAUAGCUCAUGAAAAACUGUAUACUCUCUUACAAGAUCCUUGUCCCGAGGUUCGAGCAGCUGUCGUGUAUGCUUUGGGCACUUUUAUAAAUUCGGUUUCGGAACGUUCUGAUCACGCCAAUAAUAUCGAUCACUCGGUAGUGAUGACGUUGUUAAAUACUGUCAGUGUCGACAUGAGUACUUUGGUACGGAAAGAACUUGUAGUCGCACUACAAUGGGUAGUACUCGCGUUCGAAAACGUGUUUUGCAACGUUGCCGCACAAGAAAAUAUGACGGUAAUCACAAGUGUGACGGGAGGGGGCGACAGUACUCCUCUCAAAAGGACCGGAAGUCGAACGGAUAAUGAGCCCAGUGAUAAAAUAAAGAGAGUCGCCUCCAGUUCUUCAAUAUACAGUUUGAGUCCUUCGUUAAUGCAUCACAGUCAUUCGGGAAGUCUGGGCACGUUACCAAGUGUCGCUUAUGGUUCGGUUUAUAUGAAAAUAUGGAGGGGUCUUUGUAAUUUAGAAAUGGACCCCGAUCCACAAGUCGCCAAAAUGUGUUCGAUUAUUACAGUUUACGUGAGGAAGCAAAUUAAGACUAUAUCACAACAAACUAAAGAAACUAACGAAAAAAAUGAUAGGAUAUGUUCUAGUCUGAGCUUACCCCCUAGUCCGAAUAGAAACACUUAUUUAGCAGGUGAUAGUCCUCCAACUUUACAUCCCAACACUGACCUACAACGGUUUGCAACAAGUAGGUCAGCCAUGUCUGUCCGUGCAAGAAAGUUGCUUCAACCAAAUACUAUCAGUGAAGAAAACGACGUUCUUGACCACAGUACGAAGAAAAGUCCUCUAGUCACUACUAGCUAUGUGUCGUGGGCGAGUAAAUUUUUUGCCCGACCAAUUCUUAAGAAAAAGAACGAAGAAGAAGAUGUUGAAUCAUUAACUUACUACGAAAAGCAUUGGCGAUUGGAAAGGAAUGCUAGGGUUCGUAAAGAGGCGGAAGAAGAGCUAAAAAAGCCAACGUAUGCAAAGUUGGACUGUCAAGUGUUCAAUGCUAGGUGUGCGGUGCCACCAACGGUGCUACAAUUCCAUCCUUAUGAUCAACAAAUUGCAGUUUCAGGGAAAGAUAGCUUUGCCAUUUGGGAUUGGGGUAAAGGUGCAAAAAUACUCAAUUGGACCAACAAAUCAUCUAAGGGUAAUAGUAAAAUAACGUCGUUGGAGUGGGUAAAUGCUCACGAUGUGGCCUUGUUGAUGGUCGGUUCAGACGAUGGUAGCAUAAGACUGUGGAGACCGCUCUUUAAUAAGAAUAGAGAACCGAUCCUUGUAACUGCCUGGCAAACUUUUAUGGAUUCUGCGCCUAUGUUAAGGCACAUUCCUGCUAAACUUCUGUUAACGUGGGAGCAGUGGACUGAAACACUGAUUGCGACUGGAGACACACGAGUACUUCAGUUUUGGGAUGCACAACAUGAACUCCGUGCCUUUGAAAUACCUACGGGAGCCGAUUGUGCCGUCACGUGUGUAGAUUCGACGUUUGCCAGCACAUGUCACGAGAAAUACACGAGAUUCCAAGCGGAUCCAGAUCCAUGUGACGAUGGCCUGUUCAUGGGAAUCGACGAUCAUAUCGAUUCAAAAUUGUUUCAGAAGCAAAGGACGGGAAUGGUCGCAGCAGGAUGCGCUGAUGGCUCAGUCAGGCUAUUUGACAGAAGGUGUUCCCCUAAUGAUGCACUUGUGAAGACAUGGAUGGAACAUGGGGCCGAAGUGCUGGGUCUUUUGUUAAGGGACAACUAUAUUAUAAGUGGCAGCAAGAAUGGUGACCUUAAAAUUUACGAUAUAAGAAAAAACCAAUCUAAAGCUUCGUACGUUUCCAAUAAUAGUGAGAUUAGUUCCUUAUCGAUUCAUCGAAAUUGUGAUAUUUAUGCCUGUGGUUCUGCGCAGAGUAUAAGCAUAAACAACUUAAACGGUCAGCUAUUGAGUGUCAUACGAUUGCACGAAAGUUUUAUGGGCUACAAAAAUGGCCCAUUCAGUUGCCUUUCGUUCCACCCUUACAGGGUAGUGUUGGCAGCGGGUACUGUUGACAGUUACCUGAGCGUUUACACGCCCGAACACCGAAGGUGACAUGGAUCGUUACCCUAGGUAAAGCACCGCAGGGGCUACCUGGGGCAUUACUAAACGAAACAGCUAACGCGGAUUUUUUGUUGACUUUUAAAGCGGUAAUACAUAAAACAAUAAAUAAUAAAUUAACUAAAUACUGUUAAGUUAAAAACGAUAUUGCUCUCUCUUUCUCUCUCUUACUUAUCCUCACUAUACUUAUCCCCAUCUAUCUGUUAAGUAUACCGUUGUUUUCUUAUUGAAUGUCAUUCUUUAAGGUAUGCACGUCUUUCGCAAAUAUAAGGUCUGUAUUUGUGUUUACGAUAUUAAUAUAGUUAAAUAUUCUUAUUAAAAACAAAUCUAUUAUUAUUCACAUCAUAACAUAAUGAAAAAUAGAAAGUACAAUACAAAAUAUUUUCUAAGUGAGCCCCUGUUAAUGACUGUCUGCUGCAAACGACGUGCGGCCCUUAGUGUUAUAUAUAUGCUAGGGAUGAAUGUAAGAGGAUGUAGGUUUUCUUGUUAUUAUUAAAAACGUCUAUUAUACGCGUUUAUGGGCAGCAGAUUAGUUGUAUUGGAAUUAGAAAAAAUUUUUAAGUGUAAAACAUACCGGCUUUUUGAAACAUUAAUAAUUUUACACAUAAAAACCUUUUUCCUAAAAACAAUGAAAAUCGCUAUCUCAGUUAAUGUUCAAUGAGUUCCUUUAAAGUUGUAAUCGUUUUACGAAACCAUUAAGUGCUAACAUUGAUUUACUUUAUGAAAAAAAGAAAGGAUUUGUUUACUACUUUAAAGCUUUAUUUUCAUAACCGUCACAAGUAAUGUUAACGAAUUAAUUUAAAAUUACUGUUUAAGUAAAAUUCCACUACUUUACACCUAAUUCAUCCCAAUUUAAUAAAAUAAUUUAACUGGAAAUGAAACUUAAGCUUUUAAAAGUUGCAGCUUGAUAGUUGCAUAUACUGACUGUAAAUAAGACGAAUAUUAGUCAAUUUGUUUAUUGUAUUAUCUAAUAGGAAAUCAAAUGUUACGUACGUUGUAUAUAUACAAUUUUUUUUUAAUUUAGGUCAUUAAGUUAUUAAGAACUGCCAUGGGAUCGUUGAUCGCUUUAUUUUCGAAUUAAUUGCUUAUCUUUAAGAGAUAAUAAACAAACGUUACCGUAUUUUGUCGAUAAAAUUGUUCUGAAAAAUUUCAUGAAGUAGCAAAAUUGUUUUUAUACCUACUUAUUUACAUUUUUUUUUUCUUGAAGCUAUUUUAUAUUUUUUAUUUCAUUAGUGGAAUGUGUAUCUCUAAAAAAAUGAAAUUCCGGAAUAUUAAAACCAAAAUGCAUUCCAUUUUUAAGUAGCUGCUAUGCUUUUUAUUUUAUUUUAUUUUUUUUUUUCAAAUUUUACUAAAGUUAGGUGUAUUGUAUUUCGUUUCUUGUAUGUCUUACUACUAAUAUUAUGGCUUUACAUAAACUACAUUAAUUAGUUUAUAAGUUUAAAUACAGGUAAAAUUAGACAGCUUGUAAUUAAAUUACAAAACACGUAGAUUUAAUAUGGAUAAUGAAAUUCAGGGAACGUAAUAUGUUAUUUAUAGUUAAUAAGCGAGUUCCUUGCCUCUCCCUUGUUGCUAAUAAGUAAUAUUUAUUUCCGGUUACUGGUACAUAUAUUUUUUUCUGUAACUGUGGAGGUAUUUGUAUAGCAUAAGUGUCAUUUCUUAAAAUGUGCUUACUACAUGAUUACUUACCCCGCUUAUUAAAUAUUACAGGGAGAUAAAUAAAAAUAUUAUAUGUACAUAUAUUAUAAAUCACCUUGUGUAUCUUAAGUUGUUAAUUCUUCCUAAAAUUGAGUAAAUUUUUUUUAUUAAUUAAUAAAAUAGUGCUAUUUGAUUCAUCACAUAAAUUAAGUAUACAUAUAAUGAAAAUACUUGCAAAUAAAUAGCUUGUUUUGUAUAAAUAAUUUUAAGGAUAGCAUUUUGUUCUGGCAACAUAAACUACUAUUGUGCAUAAUUAUUUACAGUUGAUUUGACUGUUUGUGACUGUUAUAUAGUGUAGCUUAUCUUUUAAUAGAUUUGGUGCUAUUGUGACUUGAAUUGUAAAAAGCAGUAAUAUAAAUAAAUAAUAUACAAAUAUUA